GGCGCGGUGGGGUUGCGACUUGAACUGAACCGGGCAGCGGGUGCUUGGAUGGAAUAAGGCGAGGGAAGAUGAACGAGCGGUGGUACCAUGAGGACAUCUCCCGGCCCAUGGCCGAAAAGCUGCUGGCUAAGGCUGCACAGGACGGCAGCUUUCUGGUCCGGCAGAGCGAGUCCAUCGGAGGCGCGUUCGCCCUCUGUGUGCUAUAUGAAAAAGCUAUCUACACUUACAGGAUUUUUAUAAAUGAAGAUAACUCAUUGUCUAUACAGUCCUCAGCAGGGAUCAAGUCGAGGAAUUUUGAAAAGAUGCCCGACUUGAUUGAAUAUUAUAAGCAAGAGAAUAUGGGGCUGGUGACUCACCUGCGGUAUCCUGUGGAGCGAGUAGAAGAGGUGGAGAGCCCAGAGACAGAAGCAGGUGCCACUGAUGUCACUGACUCCCGCACAGAGACCAAGUGCGAUGCUAACCAGAGCCUGGUCAAUGAGAUACUCACACAGCGUCUAGAAGGAGUGGAUACAGGAGCUUUGACAAUGGUUCCAGCUGGAUUUCAGGAGGCUCUCCGUGACUAUGUUCAGCGGGGUGUGCUGAAGGAUGCUGAACGUGUCAACGGCACGUCCACAGAAUUGUGGCAGCUCAGGCUUUUGCUCGGCAUACUCACCAAAGGUCUCAGCAGUGAGCUAAUGCAGAUAAUGUCGCCACUUGAGACAUCACAGCGACUACUUGGCAAUCAGCCGUCGCCAGGAGGAAGCACACAGAGCCAGAUCGCUGCAGAAGACAAUAUCAGAAAACUGCUUUCUGCGGCUGCAGAGCUAAAUAGAAUGCUCUUAUCCAUGGAAAACCAGGUGAAGGAUUAUGAACCGGAGACUCCAGACACAGAUGUUGAAGACCAGCAGUCACAAAUAUCGCCAGUGAUUUUUGAGGUGAAAUCGGAAAGUUUUGGAAUAUUGAUGAAACUUCAUUUGCAAGUGGACGUAGAGCAUGGGAAACUAAUCGUCAAGAAAUCAAAGGAUGAGGAUAAGUUUUACAGUCAUAACAAAAUUUUGCAGUUAAUCAAAUCACAGAAGUUCCACAACAAGUUGGUGAUCGUCAUUGAUUCCGAGAUGAAGAAGACACAACGGAAGGAGUAUGUCUUCACGGACUCCAAGAAGCGGGAAGGAUUCUGCCAGCUUCUGCAACUGAUGAAAAAUAAACAUUCGGAUUUUCCAGAACCAGACAUGAUCAACAUCUUCAUCGGAACAUGGAACAUGGGGAAUGCCUCUCCUCCUGCGGACAUACGAUCAUGGUUCCAGUGUCGAGGCCAGGGAAAGACUCGGGAUGACACAGCCGCCGACAUUCCCCAUGACAUUUACAUUAUUGGCACUCAGGAGGAUACGCAGGGAGAGAAGGAAUGGGUGGAACUGCUCAAAUCCAUGCUGAAGGACAUCACCUAUAUAAAGUUUAAACAUAUUGCAACUCAGACCUUGUGGAAUAUCCGCAUCGUUAUCCUUGCAAAACCGGAACAUGAAAAUCGGAUCAGUCACAUUUCUACAAGCAGUGUCAAAACUGGAAUAGCCAAUGCUCUUGGUAAUAAAGGGGCAGUGGGUGUGUCGUUCAUGUUUAAUGGUACAUCCUUUGGAUUCAUCAACAGUCACCUGACCUCCGGUGGUGGGAAGAAGCUAAGACGAAACCAAAACUACAUUAACAUCCUGCGCUUCGUUAACCUUGGAGACAAAAACCUGAGUCCAUUUGACAUUACUAAUCGGUUCACACAUCUCUUCUGGCUUGGAGACUUGAACUACAGAGUGGAGCUCCCAGCACAGGAAGCGGAGAAUAUUGUGGAGAAGAUCAAGCAGCAGCAGUACCAAGAACUGUUGGCCAAGGACCAGCUGACCAUCGAGAAGAAUGACAAGAAGAUUUUCCUCCAGUUCCAGGAAGAAGAGAUUACAUUCCCUCCAACCUAUCGUUACGAACGUGACAGCAGAGACACGUACAACUACAUCAAACAGAAGGCCACAGGACUGAAGUAUAACUUGCCAUCCUGGUGUGAUCGUGUGCUGUGGAAAAGCUAUCCCAAAGUUCAUGUUAUGUGUCAAUCAUAUGGGUGCACCACGGAUAUAGUCACCAGCGACCAUUCACCAGUGUUUGCAACUUAUGAGGUGGGCGUGUCAACGCAGUUCGUUUCUAAAACUGAUCCCAACAAUGCUGACUCAGCGGGCACAAUCAAUUUCCUCCACUGUGAAGCCACUCUGAAAACAAAAUCUAAGACCAAGUUCUUCAUUGAGUUCCACUCCAGCUGCUUAGAAAAUCCAGUGAAGAGUGCUGAAGGUGAGAAUCAAGAGUCGAAGGAUGAGAACCUGACAGUCACGUGGAAUACUCCCCCUGAGUUAAUGCCCAUUAUCUCUGACCCAGAGUACUUAUUGGACCAACACAUCCUCAUCUGUGUCAAGUCUACAGACAGCUACGAAUCAUAUGGUGAGGGUUGCAUUGCUCUGCAAGCCGGCUCCAAUGAGAUAACAUUCAACGUCCCGUUGGAGCACCGUGGAGAGGAGACGGGCAAGUUCAGUGGCUCGUAUAAACUGAUCAUGUCAGAGGGGAAACAGCGAGAGAAGACUUACGAUUUUAUACAGUUGGAAAAAGAUGAUAUGAUUUCAGUUAAACAAAACAAAACAAAUAAUUAUUCAGAACCUCAAAAAACCGGAGAUCGUUCUGCAAGGUUAGCUACAAGAUCGUCCUCCAAUGUGGUAGCAGAAGAAGCGGCUGCCAAGGCCCGAGACCGAGUGCCAUUACUGUGCCUACCAGACAGCACUUCCAAGGAUGAUGCCAAGUCCUCAAGCAGCAUUCCUGAAAAUUCCUGGAAAAUAAACUCACCAAAAAGCCAAAGGAAGCCACCAACCCCAUCGUGUGAGCAGAGGUCAAUAGAGAUGAUUAGUAAUCCAUUGUAUGAAAUAUUUGAACAGAGGCCGAACACGGGCUUAAAGAAAGAGCCAGGGUCACCCUGGGCCCCAAGGAAAGAGGCCCCAGCAGUUGCGGAUAAGAUCUCUGCCAAUAAACUGACCAAGUCGAGUUGGCAGGUGCUUCCCCAGACACCAGCGGUCCGGAAUCGCUCCUACACUGUAUCAGAGAUGAAGAACUCGGCCCAGGAGAAGCCACAGACCAAACAAGCACCUGCCACAGCUGACUUUUCCAAGACAGGUACCAGCCUGCCCAGCACGUGGGCCCCCGUGCCCAACAGACCCCCACUGCCAGUCAAGAGUCAGAAGGUGCGGGAGCAACAGCACGCACUGAAGGACUACAGAGAAAGCACAGAGAUCACGGUUCAAGCCAAGCAACGCGGCAACCAAGGUGUAGGACAGCAGCCCAGUGUCUCGUGAUCAAGACCAUGUUUGUGAUCCUUGUCAGGAACUUUGUGAAAAGUAAAGCAUUUCCUUUUUUCCUGUUUGCUUUUACUCCCUUGACUGAUGUAAGCUGUGGUCCUUUGGUUGGCAGAAUUCUUUCAAUAAGAUAUGUACCUGAGAGAGACGUGAUUGAAUUCAGUACUGAUGCCAAGGAACUGGAAGUGAGGAUGCCCAGGUGCCCUAAUAAAGUUUCAGAGUUACAGGAGUUUUGAGAACCACCUACUCGUCACCCCGCCCUCAACGUGCACCUAUUUUGUUGGCGACAGGGAUUCAGCCUUUGGAUUCAUCCUCACACGUUUCAGCUGGAUCCAAUCCAGGUGCAUUGUAGCUUCAACGCUCAGCCUGUUCUGCUGAACUCCCAGCCAGAAGAUUAUGAGAGCCACAUGAUUACACUAUAAUCAGCGUCUUUCAGCUCAGGCAACAACACUAUUAACAUGGAUCAUGGGCACCAGAAUAGUCCGCCAGUUUGGAAUGCAUUAAAGGGAGAAGAAAGAACUCACUUUACUACGGCACUUUCCACAAAUUUGGAACAUCUAGAGGCGCAGUCGCUAUUGAAAUGCAGGAGAUAUGGCACACAACCUGUGUCUCACAGACAGCAAUUCUAUGUCUAGGGUGUUGAUAGGGGAAUAGAUAUUAUGCAGCACAUUGUAAAUAACUUCACUUCUCUUCAGCUUUUAACCGGGAGCUUUCUCAUUAUUACUGGACGGGCAUGCAGAACUUCAGUUUAACACCUCAUUGGCCAUGACUGACAGAUCAAUGCUCCGCCAGCGCUGCACAGCAGCACCAACCUGCCAUUCUGCUGAAGUGAGGUGAAAAGAGGCUUGAACCUUGGGCCAGCUGCAUCAGAGAUAGGAACACUACCCACUGUGCUGUGGCAAGAAGAGUUUCUUUGGUUGGGAUACAGAGGCAUGGCUAGUGUGAGAAAGAUUGUGAUUUGGUUGUGUGGGGACGAGAGAGGACUGGGGGAGAAGUUAGACUUAUUCAUCAAAAACCAUACAGUGACACUUGUGUACCUUCGGGUUUUGUCAUUAGUUUGCAAAUCACCUGGGAAGUUCUUCCCUGCAGGUUUAGAGAUAGUGCAAUCUGCCCCUGUGUGAAACGCCACAUGAGAUAUGUUAACUAUGCUGUCCAUUCUUGACAUUGAGGAGAUGACAGUGGCUUACGCCCUAAGAGACAUUGUUGAUAAUGCCUCCUCUCUACCCCUCAUACCCUGCACAUGCCCACACUCUCUAUUCCAAGAGGUUUCACACUCGUAGGUGUCACCAACUCUGCUGCCAUUGCUGUAGGAACAACUGCAUAUGAGAAGAAACCAUUUUACUGCCGCUGCAUCAUUCACUUGUCUGGGACAUGACUGAGGCCACUAACAGACUGCCAAGAAUCGGCCCCUGUGUAGUCUCAUGCUUUAAGGGAUGUCAGUGGUAGCCGGUAUCAGGCUCUUCGAUGCCUUUCAAUUCUUUCAUCUUUCCAAUACAACAAUGUUUUUCAAAAUUUUAACAUUUUUGUGGAAAUUAACACUUCGCCUCCAUUUAUUAUUGAAUGUACAAUGACAACCCCAUGAAAGAGAGUAUGGAUGAAA